UAUACAAAAUAGGAGAUAGGAGCCAUGACUUAGGGUCAUCAGACUAUAUUUGCAUAACAUUAUUAUUUAUCUAGUCCAAAUGAUAAUAAUUAUAUUAACUAUUAUUUAUAUUUCACAGGAUAUCAAUUCAAGAUGGCUACCAGUAAGUUGAAUCAGUUUCUGGAACAUGUUGAUGAGAAGGUCUUUGAGUGUACAAUCUGCUUUAAGAGACUUCAAAAUCCAAAAUCCCUCAACUGCCUCCAUAGUUUCUGUUUGGCAUGCCUGGAAGAUUGGGUUAAGGAGAAGGGUAAGCUGACUUGCCCAACUUGCUCAAAAUCAUAUCCCAUUCCAAAAAGAGGGCUUGAGAUGCUUCCACCAAAUACCUUUCUAAAUAACUUAUUAGAAACUAUCGAACAAUUUUCACAGAGUGAUCACAUAAAAUGUAGUGUUUGUGAAAUGGAAAGACAAGUAAAAUACUACUGCCAGGAUUGCAGACAGUACUUGUGCUCUACUUGUAGUGAUCAACAUAAGAAGUUUAAAGCCAUGGCAAAUCACAAGUUACAUAUAAUGGAGGAUGUGCAAUCAAUGAGCCCCUCUGAGAUGACUUUGUUACAUCCGCCUCUGUGUUCACAUCACAGUAAACCUUUGGAGUUCUACUGCACAGAUUGUAAAACUCCAAUCUGUGUGAACUGUACAAUUAUGGACCACAAGGAAUGGGAAGGAAAACACAAACCAGUCAACAUUUCAGACGCAUUCCAAACAUUUAAAAAAACUUCAGCCACCUUGGAAAAAUCUGCCCAACACUUCAUAAACAAAUUAGAAGGUGGUCUCAAUGCUGUUAUCCACAAUGCUACAAAAUUACAACAAAAUAAAGACACAUGUUUAAUAGAUAUAGACAAUCAUGUAGAAGAAAUAUUCAAAAAAGUAAAAGAGAAUAGAGACAAAAUUAAAAAUGAAGUAGAGACAAUCUAUAAAAGAAAAAAGAAGGUAAAUGAUGUACAAAUGGAUGAAUUUAAAGCAAUAUUAUCCGAUAUAAAAACAAAACUGUCUUUUCUUAAUCAAUUAUUGAAGAGUGAUGAAGGCACUGCAAUGCAGUUAAGUGAAACAGUAAUUACAGCACUCAUGGACAGAAUAAAUGAAUUACCAAAAACAGAGCCAGAUGAUAAUGGAGAAAUUUACUACUUCAUAAACAAACAGCAAAUGACUUCAUUGAGGCAAUGUGCUAUAGGGACUGUAAAAGAUUUUAGGGCAGCAGACUGUUUAACACUAAAAGGAGAGGAAUCAGUGAGCAAAGAUCAGACAAUUAUAGUCAAAAUAGUCAAAACAGAUGAACAUGAAAUAUAUGCUAAUCAACUGAAGGCAACAUGGACACAGCCUACAGGGGAAACCAACAUCUCUCAAGUUCAGGAAGAUGACAAUGGAGAUUAUUUUGUAACAGAAAAAUGCACAAGUCCAGGAGUUUGUAAACUAGAUGUGAGUGCUGAUGAUGAACCAGUUAACCAAUCACCAAUGACAAUCAAAGUAGAAGAGGGAAGAUUAGUAAAUACUAUUCAUAUAAAUGCAAAAUAUAUUAUAGAUGUAGUUAAGUGUGAAGAUGGCUCCUUACUGCUUUCAUCAGGUGGGUUCAGAGACUGUGUGUACAUGUUUGACAUGAAUAAUGGCAAGACCAUCAAAAAAAUAGGGUCACAAGGUACAAAAGAAGGUCAAAUGAGUAAUGUCAUUGAUGUUACUCUUACUAACCAAGGACACCUUCUUGUAUUGGAGUAUGGCAACAGUAGAUUACAAUUAUUUAAUAAUGAGGGAAGGUUCAUAAAAGUCCUUGUUGAAGCGGGUGAUGAGGAUGGUGAGGUAAAUUCUCCAAGUGCAGUAGUAGUUGAUGAGGAUGACAACAUCAUUAUAUCAAGUGAACGCAAACUACAGCUAUUCAGUAGUGAUGGAAAUUUCAUAAAAAGAAUUGAUAAAUCAAAAGAUGGAAUCAACAAUCCAUGGGGAUUAUCCAUUAUUUCAUAUCAUCCAAGGAGACUUGCAGUAGCAAAUACUGGUGACAAAACAGUCAAAAUAUUCAAUUAUUAAAUAUUGACAGUCCACUUGCUUCACUUGUGUGUUUUCAACAAUUCAAAUUUAUAAGUGUAGGAAUAUCUACAUAUCCAUUAUUUCAUAUCAUCUACAUAGAGUUAAGUUAUGGAUCUUAAACUUAAAAUAAUUAUUAAAUACAAAAGUUGGCAUAAUGAUUAUAAACCUGUUAAACAAUAAUACAAUAAUCUGCAAACCUCAGUUGUUUUCAGUGUAGUUCUCAUCAAAUUUGAAUCACACACUAUUGAUCUUAUGAUUUUAUAUUUUUGUAGUGUAAGUUUUUAAUCAUACAGUAUAAUGCAUAUACAUGUUAUUUUCUUGCAUAUUGAUUUUACUUUUCAAUCUAUUGGGGCAUUUUUUGUAAUCUAUCAACUUGUAUCUCUUUGAUUUUCAUAAAUU